UUUAAAAAGAGUUGGCCUGACAAUCACCUUGAGCAUCGUGGUUUAUUCCUGAUGGCUGUUCUUGCAGUUUUGGUUACCUUUUCUCUUUUGCUGGAGAUCGUCUCUGCCAACUCUCUCGGGGUUGUGUCCACCGAGGGAGGGAAGGUAGAGGGACAAAACCUUUACCUCGGCUACCGCCGCUACAUGGAUGUUUUCAAAGGCGUUCCCUUUGCAGACAUCCCUGGAAGGUUUGAGAAGCCAGUGCGCCACCCAGGCUGGAGCGGUACUCUUAAGACUACCAGCUACAAAGACAAAUGCCUUCAACUGGACGCCACAAUGAUCACCGCCUCUGGCAGUGAAAACUGUCUUUACCUCAAUAUUUGGGUUCCUCAUAUCAACACAGUGGCCUCCAAUCUGCCGGUCUUGGUCUGGAUUCACGGUGGAGCUUUCAUGUUUGGAGACUCAAAGGGAACUAGCUUCAUGGAUACCAAUUUGUAUGAUGGACAAGAAAUUGCUGACAGAGGAAAUGUAAUUGUGGUGACGGUGGCCUACCGUGUAGGAGCGCUUGGCUUCCUGAGCACUGGCGGCUCUGAUCUGCCCGGAAAUUAUGGACUUUGGGACCAGCAUGCUGCCAUUGCAUGGGUGAACAGAAACAUUAAGUCAUUUGGAGGAGACCCCAGUAACGUCACCAUCUUUGGCGAGUCUGCAGGAGGAGCUGGUGUUAGUUAUCAGAGUAUCACCCCUCACAACAAGGGGCUUAUUAGGAGAGCAAUCUCUGCAAGUGGGGUCUCCCUUUGCCCAUGGGCCAUCAACAGAAACCCUCGCCAGUAUGCUGAACAGGUUGCUCAGAGAGUCAACUGCCCCACGGAUAGCAGGAUGGCUUCCUGCCUGAAAAUGACAGAUCCCGUUGUUUUAACUAAGGCUGGAACUGUGUCUUUGGCUAGCUCUCCCGACCACCCAUAUGUCUUGAACCUGCUUCUGUCUCCUGUGGUCGAUGGAGACUUCCUACCUGAUGAGCCAUCCAAACUUUUCCACAAUGCUGCUGACUUGGACUACAUGGCCGGAGGCAAUGACAUGGAUGGCCACAUGUUUGCACAGUUCGAUGUGCCGUCGAUCAACUCUCCGAUGUUUAUCACCACUUCCGAUGAAGUCAGAAGGCUCUUAGGUGCCCUAACCAAGGAGAAGGGUGCCGCUGGUUACGAGAAUGCCUUCGCCACCUACUCCUCAGACUGGGGAAACUAUCCAAGCCAGGAUACCCUGAAAAAAACUGUUGUGGCCAUUGUAACGGACUACAUGUUCCUAAUUCCCACUCAGACUGCUCUUUAUCUCCAUGCUGCCAAUGCCAGAACUGGACGCACCUAUUCAUAUCUCUUCUCUGAGCCUAACCGUAUGGGAAAUAUUUGGUACAAGCCCUGGCUGGGAGCUGAUCAUGCUGAUGACCUACAGUAUCUCUUUGGAAAACCCUUCUCCCAUCCACUGGAAUACUUUCCAAACCAUCGUGACCUUUCUGAACACAUGAUUGCCUACUGGACUAACUUUGCCAAGACAGGAGACCCUAACAAUGGAGACCUGAGCGUGCCUGCUUCAUGGCCGGCAUUUACAUCCAGCGGAGCCAAGUUUGUGGAGAUCAAUUCCAAGAUGGAUUCCACUUACGUGAGGCAGAAGUUGAGAUUGCGCUAUGUGGAUUUCUGGGCAGAUGUUCUACCCAGUCUGCCAACAGUCUAAUCAGAAUAAAACAUGUGAUUGCAAAGAAA